AUGGAAAAGCAGGGAAGGGCUUCUUUGCCUCCCUACCGCCCUGCCGAGGCUCUUCCGUUUGAACUCGCCCAGCAUUGUGGCAUCUACUUUGAGGAAAAGCUCUAUACCCAAGCGCUGAAUCUGCUAUCGAACAUCUUGGUCUCUGGUGCUCCCGCCUGGAGCCGUGCCUUUGUACCUUCAUCCGCACAUCUUGCGAUUGCAGUAACCCUUCUAGUCCAUCCGACGACCACUACACGAGCCAAGACAGCAGAAGAAAAAGAAGCGCCCUCCGCAGCCUUACGGCUUCUGCGACUGGUCAAUACCUAUGUUGGCUCUAUCUCAGCGAGAUUCGAUGUCGCGUUCUCGUUCACCCAUUUCGUUUCAUCACGCCAUGGUACCCGGAGGCGAGUAACUGAGGAGGAGGAAUUGUCCAAUGAACUACAGGAUGAUGGGAUGAAACCGAUCGACUCUACUCUGGCCCAGUCAGCGUCACUGUGGUCUCGUGCAGAGGACUUUUGGCAUGUGGUUGGGUGGGCCUUCAAUUGCUCUGUUCUUCACCCUGAAAGAUGGGAAAGAUGGCAUCUGUGGCUUCAAUUCAUGUGCGAGGUUCUGGAGGAUGACUGGAAAGAACGAUUAAGGCGGUUUGAAGAUGCUAUGGCAGAAGAUACGGAUCCCACCGCAAGCCGCCAGGUGCAGCAUGAGCAGAUUCUCAAAGAGAGCUUGAUAUUCAGAUAUCUCACUUCGGGCAGCGUCGGGUACGGACGAAGUCGCAGGAUUCUAAGAGCUAUUCUUGCCGAUGGGAGUCCAAGCUCCGUGAAUGAGUUCCAUGAGGUGUUCAAGAACGAGCUGAAGAUGCCAAAAAAAGAGACGGAAAACCUGAAGAAAAGAGCGGCACAGGUUAAUAUUGAUGAAGAUCAAUACGGCGAUUACCUGUCGAAUGAGGAUGAUGACGGGUCCGAGGAUUCUGCCGAAAUCAAAAAAGAAGAUGCUCUGAGGAAGUCGAAACGCUCGAAGAAAACCCCACGCAAACCUGAUUCAGACGCAGAUACUGGACUGGACUCCCCGGGAAGUUUGCAGCUUGACGGCAGUGUUUCUUCUCUCGGAGGCUUUACCUCCCUCGCUCUUCGUCAGCGCCUUAUGUCUCUUCUGUCUAACGUCUCGGACCAUUUACCUACAAGCUUUAUUGCUCUGGAAGACCUUUACCACCUUUUUGUGGAGAAUAUCCGCCAUCUUUCGCUUCCAGCUUUCCAUGCCUUCAUCUCUCCGUCUACACUCCCGCACUUUUCCCCUGAAGCCCAAACCACCCUCUGCGAGUUCAUGCUCUUCCACCUGCGUGAGAGUUCGGCUCCCGACAGCGGCGAAGAAUAUCUGAACCAGGAAAAGCUAGAGAAAUGUUUCCUACCUUACGCAGCGAGCAGCACCGGGGUCAUUGAUAACACCAAAAUGUCAAUUGCCCUGGAGUCCUUACUGGUUCUUCUGGCAGAAGGUGACCUUCUCGAGGUCACCCCGGAACUGAAAAAGGCCGUCGAAGAGGGCAUAGCUGCUCGAGCUGCAAAAGCUCAGACUGACAAUAGAAAAAACCGCAAGGUGGAUAAUAUUGCAUAUAGCUGGUUGAUGGAGAGUGCGGAACGGUUAAUGUUCCUGGUCAAUUCGCUCUUGGUGUGAAGACUCGCACGGUUGUGUUUUCAUGACGGUAAUUGCCUGAAAGCAGAUUCCUCCACAGAAAGAAACAGCUCCUUGGUCAAGUCAUACGGGCUGUGUGUUCUGCCAUCGGCUCUUUAAAUGUCCUAUGGGACGCUCUCCGUGUCAAGAGAUGAGCAACUGCUCCACUUUAUGGGGAACAUGAAGAAUUCUCCCGGUAUGGAAAAAGGCCGAUCAUUGUUGACAGCGGCUCGACGCUAUUUUUUGAUGGGGCUAUACUACAGUCCUAUAUACAUAUCCCUGGGCUAAUAAUGAAUUAAGGCCUUAUGAAGACAAUGUGACACUUUGACUGAUCAGAACUCACUCUUCAGUACCUUAGGAAUACACUACGGUUUAUCCUGUACCCAAGGAUAGACCGGGCACACAAUGGAUACGAAGCUCUGAAAUGUGGAAUAAUAUCCCCUUGGCUCUAUACAAACGGGUUAUGUUAUGGCAACAGCUUCCUUUUGGUACCUACAUAUGUAUGGUUAAUUUGGCUUCUCGCUGUUGAAAAGAUACCAGAUA